UAGUCUUUCCCUUUUGUUUGGUUUGUACAUUAUAAAUUGUCUUGUUUCCAUUCGAAUUUUGUUUAUGAAUGUGAGAAGUAACAAUUUGAGUGUUAGAGAGAGGAAGAUGAUGAGUAUGAAAUUAGUUGGAACAAUCUUUGUGUUGUUGCAGUUGCAGUUGCAGCUUCUUCUUUAUUCCAACAAUUAUGGAGUUGCUUCAGCAGGUUGCAUAGAUAUGGAGAGACGUGCUCUCCUUCAGUUGAAGGCAAGUAUUGUGGAAGAUUACAAUAAUGACCCUUUGUCUUCAUGGAACAACAAGAGUUAUGAUUGCUGUGAAUGGAAAGGAGUCGGUUGUAGCAAUCAAACUGACCAUGUUGAAAUGCUUCAUCUAUAUGGCGAUCAGUUUGGUCGUUUUCGAGGCGAGAUCAACGCAUCAUUGUUGGAGUUGCGCCAAUUAAAGUAUUUGAACCUUAGUUAUAAUUGGUUUUCAAACAGUAAAUUUCCAGAAUUAUUUGGUUCUCUAAGCAACUUAAGGUUCCUUGACCUCCGAGCUUCAUUUAAUGGGGGAAGAUUUCCAAAUGAUAUUUCUCGUCUAAGCAACUUGCAAUAUCUUGAUCUUUCAUCUAACUACCUUGAUGGUACAAUCCCUCAUCAACUUGGAAAUCUCUCUCAUUUGCAGUACCUUUAUCUCCGUGGUAAUAACCUUGUUGGAACCAUUCCUCAUCAACUUGGAAGCCUUUCAAAUUUACAGGAGCUUGAUCUUAGAGGGAAUCUCUUGAGCGACAAGAAUGGUGUUGGAGGUGAGUGGCUUUCUAAUCUCACUCUUUUAACUCAUCUUGAUUUAAGUCUAAUGCAAAAUCUCGAUACUUCUCGUCUCUGGCUGCAAACAAUUGCUAUGCUUCCAAAUAUACAAAUAUUGAAGCUAUCUGAUUGUCAUCUUUCUGAUCUUUCUCCCUUCCAUUCAAUCUUCAAUUUUUCUACUUCUCUUAAAGUCAUUGAUCUUUCGGGCAAUGCAUUCACAUCUUUCAAAAUAUUUGAAUGGGUGUAUAAUGUCGCCUCCAACUUAACCGAGCUUGAUCUUAGCGAUAACCUUUUGCAAGGCUCCAUUCAUUAUGAUUUUGGAAACACACUGGGAAAAUCAUUUAGUAACUUAUGUUCGUUAAGGUCAUUAGACAUGUCAAGUAACAAGUUGAGUGAAGAUCUUUCAGUAAUAAUUCAUAAUUUAUCUGUUGGGUGUGCAAAGUACUCGAUACAAGAAUUAUAUUUGGCUAGCAACCAAAUUAUUGGUACACUACCUGACAUGUCAGUGUUCUCAUCAUUAAAAACAUUGAUACUCUCUCACAAUCUAUUAUAUGGGAAAAUAAUGCAUUCAUUCCCUUAUCAAUUAGAGAGUUUGGAAUUGGAUUCCAAUAAUUUAGAAGGUGUGAUCACUGACUCCCAUUUUGGCAACAUGUCUAUGUUAAAGAAUUUAAACUUGAAUUCCAAUUCAUUAGCUUUAAUAUUCAGUGAAAAAUGGGUGCCGCCUUUUCAAUUGUUUUCCAUAUAUCUAAGGUCUUGUAUAUUAGGGCCUAGUUUUCCUACAUGGUUGCAGGGUCAAAAAUAUCUCCAAGCCCUUGACAUUUCUGAUGCUAAAAUCACAGACUUAGUUCCAGUGUGGUUUUGGACUCAAUCAACAAAUCUAAUUUUCAUGAAUAUUUCAAACAAUAAUCUCAGCGGCACAAUUCCAAAUUUACCCAUAACAUUUUUUCAUUAUUUUGAAGUAAUUCUGAAUACAAAUCAGUUUGAAGGUUCAAUCCCACCAUUUUUUCGAAGUGCAACAUUGCUUGAGAUGUCCAAGAACAAAUUUUCAAAAAUUGAUUUGUUCUUAUGUACUAACAUUGUGGUUGAUUCGUUGAUUGUAUUGGAUCUAUCAAAUAAUCAGUUAUCAAGUCUACUCUCUAAUUGUUGGGGUAAUUUGAAAGCAUUGAAAUUUCUGGAUUUGAGUGACAAUAUAUUAUCUGGAGAAGUUCCAUCAUCAAUGGGAUCAUUACUUGAACUUAAGGUAUUGAUAUUGCGGAACAAUAGCUUAACGGGGAAGUUACCUUUCUCCUUGAAAAAUUGCACAAACUUGCGCAUGCUAGAUCUUGGAGAUAAUAGAUUAUCGGGACCAAUACCGUAUUGGUUAGGACAAGAAUUGCAAUUGUUAAGCUUAAGAAGGAACCAAUUCUAUGGAAAUCUUCCUCAAAGUCUGUGUUACUUAAAAAAUAUUCAGUUGUUGGAUCUAUCUGAGAACAAUAUAUCAGGACAAAUUUUCAAAUGUUUGAAGAAUUUCUCCUCAAUGUCUCAAAAAGUUUCCUCUACUAAUAUCCAAGAAACUCCUAUACUUUACUCAACAGGUGUUGGAUCCAUAUUUCAAUAUGCCGGUUUUGAUUUGAAUGCAUUGUUGAUGUGGAAAGGGGAAGAACGAUUGUUUAAGAAUAAUGAGCUCAUUUUAAGGAGCAUUGAUCUUUCAAGCAAUCAAUUGAUAGGAAACAUUCCAGAAGAAAUAGGAAAUUUGGUAGAAUUGGUGUCAUUGAAUUUAUCAAGCAACAAUUUGAGUGGAGAAAUUACUUUAAAGAUUGGAAAAUUAAAAUUACUUGAAUUUCUCGACUUGUCAAGAAACCAGUUCUCUGGUUUAAUUCCUCCUUCUUUGGCUCAAAUUGACCGUCUUUCCAUGUUGAAUUUGUCUUAUAACAACCUGUUUGGAAGAAUUCCAAUUGGCACACAGUUACAAAGUUUUGAUCCUUCAAGUUAUGAAGGGAAUGUUGGUCUUUGUGGGAAACCACUUGUCAUAAAGUGUCUAGGAGAUGAAAAAGUUACACCUCAGAAACCAGAAACACCUAAAGAAAGUAGUCUAGAAGAUAAGAAAUCAAUCUAUUUGAGUGUGACAUUGGGAUUUAUCACAGGAUUUUGGGGCCUUUGGAGUUCAUUGUUGUUGAUCCAAACUUGGAGACAUGCAUAUGUCUUGUUCUUGAACAACAUAACUGACACAAUGUAUGUGUUUAUGGUGCUCAAUGCAACUAAAUUUCAAAGGUGGCUUAGAGGUUUGUUGGAAAAGUUUUUCUAAGCAUCUCUUAUUGUACUAUUUGCAACAUUGAUGAAGAAAGGUAGGAGAAGAAGUAAAUGAUGUGAUCCACGAAUACAAACGAGUUUGAAGUUCUAUGUAUCAAUAAUUUAAAUAAUUAAUUUGUGAAGCAUAUGUUGUGAGAUACUAUUAAUAUUGUUAUUAUGAAAACAUGUUUUAUAAUCUAAUUAUUAGGAUAACAUUUUGAUGUCAUUCUUAGUCCAGCUUAUUUUUCGAUAAUAGUUACAUGUAAGUUAUUUGAAGAAUAAGUAGCAACCAAAAUUUCCCAUUACUAAAUUGAAGGAAAUGGUUUAGAAAUAACUAAAA